ACAUGUGGAAAAUUGACCGGGACGCCAUCGGCUAAUAAACGAAGCGGGAACGAUUUUGCUUUGUUUAUUCUCCAAAUUAUUAACCAAACCUUCAUAUUGAAGCUGUCAACACCAUAUUGUGAACAUGGCGUAUAAAGGGCAGAAGGUGCAGAAAGUGAUGGUUCAACCAAUCAACUUGAUUUUCAGAUAUCUUCAGAAUAGGUCAAGAGUUCAGAUCUGGCUGUACGACCAAUCAAAUCUCAGGAUUGAAGGACAUAUCAUUGGAUUUGACGAGUACAUGAAUGUAGUACUAGAUGAUGCUGAGGAGUACCACAAGAAAAAUAAGACGAGAAAACCAUUAGGACGGAUAUUGCUGAAAGGAGAUAACAUAACACUGAUUCAGAACGUCCAAGAAGCCGCGGGGGCCGCAGAGCCGGCUCAUUAGCACUGUCCUCGGGCUCGGCUUUGUAUCGUUUCACCUUGUAUAUAAUACCUGUACAUCAUACAUCGUAGGAUAACAUUGCAUCUGUUUUGUUUCCUCGUCUGUCAUAUUGUUUGCUUGUUUUUAUGAGCUUGAAGUGAUAAGUCAGAUUCCUUUUACUGGUAAUGUUUUAUUGUAAUCAUGAAUCUUUUUUGGGGAGGGGGAAUCAUUCAUUUAGAGAUUAACUCGAUUUCGAGCUUGAGAUUAUCAAUCUCUUGUUAUCACAAAUAAUGGGAAGAGUCCUUAGAUUCAUUCUAUAAAAUGACAAAACAAUAGCAAAUUGUAUUUACAUGUGCAUCAGGUUCAAAUUGUCAGCUAAUGUGCACGUAAUCGUGAAACUGGUAGAAAUAUUGACGCUUGAAUUUUCUUUUCCCCAGAGAAUCGUAUGACUCGAUAUUUCCUUUUCCGCGAACCGCAAAUAAUCUUUUAGAAGAGGUAGUUAAUCAGGAAUCCUUCCUUUUUGGAGGAGCCAGAUAUUUUCCUGCUGCUCAGGGUAUUCAAAUUAAAAUUGUCAACAUAGACGGCAC